UGGUUAGUUUUGGGAAGUAAGGCGCGCUCAUUGGUUGCUACAUUUGUUGUUUCCGCUAUACGUAAUCCCAUGUUUUCAUCGCGUCUUGGAAAGAGCUCUGGUUAGUUAGCGGAAUUCAAGCACAACGCACCUGGAUACACAGCGGUCAAUGAUGGCGUCCGACUCCCCGCGCAGGCCGAGCCGCUGUGCUGGAGGGGUUGUUGUUCGAGCCCAGGCUGCUACGGAGCAGUCUUACAUGGAAAGUGUAGUGACUUUUUUGCAAGAUGUGGUCCCUCAGGCCUACACUGGGACACCUCCUACAGAUGAAAAAGAAAAGAUCAUUUGGGUUCGGUUUGAAAAAGCAGACGUCAAUGACGUGGCCCGCUCGCCAGAGUUCCUGGAGAUGCAUGGCAGUGGUGUGGACCCGCCUCUUUGUCUGAUGAUUGGCUAUGCAGACGGAAUGCAAAUCUGGAGUGUAUCACUGACUGGAGAAGCUCAGGAGCUCUUCUCUGUGCGGCACGGUCCAGUGCGAGCUGCUCGUAUCCUCCCAGCCCCUCAUAUCAGUCCCCUGAACACUGACAGCUUUGCCGAGAAACGGCCCCUCCUCGGUGUUUGCAAGAGCGCAGGCUCCUCGGGGACCAGCCCUCCAUACUGCUGCGUAGACCUGUAUUCUCUAAGGACGGGAGAGAUGGUCAAGUCAAUUCAGUUUAAAACCCCUAUUUAUGAUCUACACUGCAACAAAAGAAUUCUUGUCGUUAGUCUUCAAGAAAAGAUUGCCGCCUUUGACAGCUGCACUUUUACGAAAAAAUUCUUUGUCACUAGCUGCUAUCCUUGUCCUGGUCCCAAUCUCAACCCAAUAGCAUUAGGAAGCCGGUGGCUGGCCUACGCUGAGAACAAGCUGAUCCGGUGUCAUCAGUCCCGUGGCGGGGCAUGUGGAGAUAACUCCCAGUCCUACACUGCCACUGUCAUCAGUGCUGCAAAAACACUAAAGACAGGGCUGACUAUGGUGGGUAAAGUAGUCACCCAGCUUACAGGCACACUGCCCUCUGGAGCACCUGAUGAAGAGAGCGCGGCCCACAGCAGCACCCGCCGCAGCCCUCACCAACCCGGUGUGGUUACUGUCAUAGACACACACACUGUGGGAGAGGGACAGGUACUUGUAAGUGAAGACUCUGAUGGAGAGGGAGUGGUCGCUCAUUUUCCAGCUCAUGAUAAACCCAUAUCCUGUAUGGCAUUCAACCCGAGUGGUAUGUUGCUGGUGACUGCUGACACAUUAGGGCAUGAUUUUCAUGUGUUUCAAAUCCUCACUCACCCGUGGGCAUCGUCGCAGAGUGCGGUUCAUCACCUGUACACCCUGCACAGAGGAGAAACUGAGGCCAAGGUGCAGGACAUCUGCUUCAGUCCUGACUGCCGCUGGGUGGUGGUCAGCACGCUGCGUGGCACCUCACACGUCUUCCCCAUUAACCCGUAUGGUGGUGCACCAUGUGCCCGCACACACCUGUCCCCACGUGUUGUGAACCGCGUGAGCCGCUUUCAGAAGAGCGCAGGCCUCGAGGAAAUCGAGCAGGAGCUGAACAGCAAGCAGGGCGGCCGCUGCAGCCCCAUCGCCGGCCUUUCCAGCAGCCCCUCCGGCUCUCCUCUACACGCCAAACUUACCAACCAAGAGUCCUAUAACAACUUCACCAACAACAACAUGGGGAAUCCGCGGCUGUCCCCUCUGCCAAGCCUAACGGUGGUGCUGCCGCUGGCUCAGAUUAAACAGCCCAUGACUCUGGGCACCAUCACUAAGCGCACAGGACCCUACCUCUUUGGGGCAGGAUGUUUUUCCAUUAAAACUCCAUGUAAAGCCAAGCCACCUCCCCAGAUCUCUCCUAGCAAGUCUAUUGGAGGGGAGUUCUGUGUAGCUGCCGUGUUUGCAUCUUCACGCUCUUGGUUCAUCACCAACCCUAACAUGAAGAGAGAAAAAGAUCAGUCUCGCCAGGCCGUGGUUGACUCUCUCUACAUCGCAAGCUGCUAUGGUAAUCUGGUUGAGCAUGUGCUGGAGCCUCGGCCAAUCAGCACAGCACAGAAGAUAGGUGAUGACACACCUCUGGAGUUAAACACCUGCCCCAGGGCAUGCUGGACUCUGGCCAGAACGCCGCAGUGGAAUGAGCUGCAACCUCCUUUCAGCAGCAGCCACCCCUUGGUGCAGGCCUCAGACUUGGUGCAGUACUAUCAGUACCUCCUGGCUGGCUUGUUGCCUCCAGGAAGCCCGGGGCCCAUCACCAGGCAGGGUUCCUAUGACAGCCUGGCCUCGGACCACAGCAGCCAGGAGGAUGAGGAGUGGCUCUCUCAGGUGGAGAUAGUGACACACACUGGCCCUCACAGGCGGUUGUGGAUGGGUCCUCAGUUCCAGUUUAAGACCAUUCACCCAUCAGGCCAGACCACGGUCAUCUCCUCCAGCUCGUCUGUGCUGCAGUCCCAGGGGCCCAGUGAUACCCAGCAGCCCCUGCUCGACUUUGAUACUGAUGACUUGGAACUACACAGCCUCAGGAUCCAGCCUGUGCGCUCUGAGCCUAUGACCAUGCCCGGCUCCUCUUGUCUGAUUCCAGAGCGUGUAGGCCAGGCUACAGUCAUCGAUACCGGCUCAGGCACAUUUGACCACAGUGUGACCCUGCUGGAGGUGUGUGGCAGCUGGCCCGAGAGUUUUGGCUUGCGUCACAUGUCCUCUGUGGAUGCCACAGAUGAGGGCUUGAGGGAGAGGCUUGCUGAAGCCAUGUCUGAAUCACCCAGCAGAGACAUUGUAGGCUCUGGAACAGCAGAACUGCAGAGAGAAGGCAGUAUCGAGACGCUGAGUAACAGCUCGGGCUCCACAAGUGGCAGCAUUCCUCGUAACUUUGAAGGUUACCGCUCUCCUCUGCCCACCAACGAGAGCCAGCCGCUCAGCCUUUACCCCACAGCUUUCCCCUAGAGCAGCUUCUCCUCAGUGACAAGUCUCACCUUUCCAUCCCAUCACAGGGAACUGCUUCCCUUCCUCCGUCCGGAUGGAUGUUGUGGUGUGCAAUGUUGACUUCUCCUUCCACCCAACCAACCGUCGAGUGAAGAGCAGUGAAAAUCCUUUCACAUCAGGCUGGAAAUGGAGACGAGACCUGCAUGCAGGCUUUCAGUAAAUGUGCCACUUGAUUCUUAUUUGUGUAACAAACAUGUUGUCUUAUGUGAUGUGUUGGUGUGUGUGUGUCUGUGUAUGUGUGUGAGUGAGUGAGUGAGAGAGAGAGAGCGAGAGACAGAGAGACAGAGAGAGGAAAGUUUAGCUUCUGCAAGUGAUUCAUCUUGUGUAAAGACUGUCACAGCUGCCAUUUUGUCCCUCUCUCAAAUACAUGACAUUCAAUAGUUCAAAAAUGUCUUGUGUGCAGUAGAGACAUGUUCAUGCCAAUAUAUCAUGGGGCAUUGGUGUGUAUUCAUGCCGUAACUUCAUGUGUGUGUUUGUUAUUCAACAUGUUGUAUGUGUCUUGAUUCCCUCUCAGUCAAAAAUUUGGACAUGUUAGGUUGAAUAUGUAUUUUCAUUUGGCUUAACAUUUCAAUAAAGGCUUAUAGUUGAAAUUUGUUUCUAUGAUAAAUGUAAAUAGUGAAGUUAAUGCCCGUGUAAAAAUGUAGUUCUGAAUCAAGCUGUAAUUUUAAUAAGUUGUUUUUGUUUUUUGUUUUUUUUAAUUAAAUAUUUUUCCCAUAAACAUAGUUUUCAUUUAGAACAAAAGCUCAGCCUAUUGGAAAAUUUUAAGAAAAGCCUCCUGGCUGUGUAGCUCCCUCAUGAAGAUACCAGGAGUGUGCACAUCAAGCUUCAUCAGAAAUACAGAAUUUCAAAUGUAAAAUCAUGGAAUCUUUUAACUUUUAACUUUUCCUGAUCACUGCAUAAUUCCAUAUGUGUUAUUUCAUUGUGUUACUAUCUGCAUUAUUAGAAGUAGAAAAUAAUAAACCUGUAGAAAAGGUGUGUCCAAGCAUUUGACUGCUCGUGUACAUUUAAGAGGGAGAUCAGGACGCAUUGCAUUUUAUGCAAACUUUCUUUGACUUGUUGCUCAAUCUUAAUUUUGCCUUUGUAUUAUGUAUAAUUAUACUAUUUACAUUAAAUGUCAUUUUAUGAUCAUACAAAAUCAUACAAGCAUUACAUUUAUAUCUCAUAAGACAAAAAAUAUUUUCAAUCUAUUUUAGUAUUUUAUAUAAUUACUUGAGGAGAAAGAAAUAUAACUAAUUUGUUUUUUCCUUCUUUUUUUCUUCUUUACGAUUACUAUUAGUGAUUGUGAAUGUUGACUAAUACUGCUAUUAAUGUUAUAUUGUUACAUUCAGUUUCUCUGUAUAUUUGAUUCUGUGUUCCGUUAUGUCCAGGAAUGGAUUGUAUUUUUUUGUUUGUUUGUUUGUUUGUUUUGUUUGUUUUGGGGGGUUUUGGGGGGG